AUGGAAUCAAUAUAUGAUGAAAUAGAAAUAGAAGAUUUUACAUUUGAUCCAAUAACUCAAUUAUUUCAACAUCCUUGUCCUUGUGGUGAUAAAUUUGCAAUUAGUUUAGAUGAUUUAAAAGAUGGAGAAGAUAUAGCUGUUUGUCCAAGUUGUUCAUUAAUGGUUAAGGUUAUAUUUGAACUUGAAGAUUUACAAGAAUAUAUAGAUGAGAUUAGUGGCUAA